AUGAUGGCCACCGUGUACUCCAUACAGACAACAAAGGUCUGGACCACACGUCUUCUUAUUGCUGUGAUCGUCGCACAAUGGGUACUUUUUGCCAGGAUCGGAUCCAACAGUAAUUUGUCUUCGACCACACGGGACUCCAGCUCCUUUGCCGUCCACUGUCCCGGCGAAAGGUCCCCUUACGGACAAGUAUGGAGCGGCGCCGCCAUUGGACUAUUCUUCCAAAGGGAAGAUUGGACAGCCGUACCGUACGACGUUUACAUCAGUAAUAUCUUGACUCGGAUACCGCACGAUUGGGUCGUACAGAUUCUGGUGAAUGACAUCGAAUGGUUCGAGUCCCUAGUGCUGGAAUAUCAUCGGGGCGUCAAGAGAAUGAUUAGAGAGCAUCCUCGAGUAGAACUCAAAAGCCUUCCACCACGUUUGCAUUACGUGGAAGCCGCCGCCGUUUGGAAUGAUCCUUGGGUGUGGCAGCAGGCGGCAGCCGAUCGCGUUCUCACCUUCCAGGGACAUGGUGUAUUAUGUUCUAAUGCGCAACACUACGUCCACGACUUUGACCAUCUAGAUUACGUUGCCAUACCGUGGAACAAAUUGGAUGGUCGUGGGGGUUCGGCAACUAGCUUUUCUAUACAGAAUCGACGGGCAAUACUACAAGCUAUGGAGUACAACUGGCAGCAAAACAACCUAAACAUGGCGACUGAACAAGCCAUGGUGGCCACCCUAUUGGAAAUGAAUCGACAAAUUGGCACUAACUUUAGCGUCGCUUCUCCAGAAGAGACAAACUGGUUUGGGGGAAUCACUCAAUACAAAACUGUGAAUAAUUCACAAGCCAUUGACGAUGAUUCGGACCAUUGUCCCCUGGCGGUAUUGAUCAACGUACAGCAAGUUGAUCCUCAAGCUUUCAAAUGUGCAGAACUCAAAUUCUUGCUGCCAGCUAUUGGCCCAGAGUGCUUAGGUCGCAACGUCAACAAAACGCUCUGUGCCGAAUCUUUGCAUCUGGAUCUUCCUACGUGUAUGGGUGAGCAAUAG